GACACGAACGCUGUGCUGUGGCAUUAGCGAGCUCUCGUUAGCAAAACGAUACACAGAGUUUAGCACGUUAGUGACAGUUCACUCAUGAUUAUCAGUAAAGCCUUGGGUUGCGUCAUAAAACAUCUUUUUGAUAGUUCUGAUGCAUUAAACGGCUUCAAAAAAGUGUCAGUGUUGUUUGAGCUAGGCCUCGGUUGUUCAGUAACGAUUAAUUGUUCUGCAAAGGAAACUAUGAAGAGAAUCAAAAUACAGACAAUCUGGGGAUUAAUCUGACAUUUUUGGGGACCGACAACACUGCGAUUCAUGUCGCUUACUAAAACGCUUAAUCUGGAUUUUCAGAAUGAACGGAGCACAGCAAAAUGACCUUAAAAGACAAAACCUGUUAGAGAGACUUCUUGAUGCGGUUAAACAGUGCCAAAUUCGCUUUGGUGGCAGGAAGGAGAUCGCUUCAGAUUCUGAUAGCAGGGUCAUAUGCCUGUGUGCCCAGUUUGAAGCAGUACUUCAGCACGGCUUGAGGAAGAGUCGAGGUUUAGCCCUUACAGCAGCUGCCAUUAAACAUGCUGCAGGAUUUAGCAGUAAAACUGAAGCAGAGCUGACAUUCUGGUUUUAUGUGAAAGAUCACCUGAACCGUCAUGAGCUGCAGCGUUUCUACUCUCUGCGGAAUAUCACAUCUGAGCAGGGCCGUGGUCGAGCAUGGCUUCGCUGUGCCCUGAACGAACACUCGCUGGAGCGUUAUCUUCACAUGCUGCUGGCAGAUCGUGCCCGCCUUAGUGCCUUCUAUGAAGACUGGGCAUUUGUCCUGGACGAGGAGAGAGCCAGUAUGCUGCCCACGAUGGCUGCAGGGCUCAAUUCCAUCCUGUUUGCAAUCAACAUCGACAACACGGACCUAAAUGGCCAGGUCCGCGGAGGGUCAUCUGUGUCCCACCUGCUAAAGGAGUCCACACAGGGCAUGAGCAGUCUGUGGAAAGAGUCUACUCAAGGUGUCAGCACAUUACUGCGGGAAAUCGGUACUGCCACUGCUGUGGUUCCUGGUUUCAUCCCUCGCUCAGAUGCUCCUUCAGACCCCCUGCCUGUCCUGCCCCGCAGCACUUCUGCAGAUUCUGGCUUAAGAAAAGAGCGCAGACGUAAAAAGAAGAUCACGAACAUCAUCUCCUUUGACGAUGACUUGGAUGCGGGUGCGGAAGACGAGGACGAGGCUGGUGAGGACGUUGUGAGGAGUCUUAGGAAGAGUGCUGUGGGUCAUGUGAGCUCUGAGGAGGCUCUGGACCCUCCACACUCCACCUCUCCUGUUUAUAACGGCCUGACUGAGCCUGGGAUUGUGAGCUGGGCCGAAACACCCCCACAGAAUGGGCUUCUGCCUGAUACCAAGAGCAUUGACAAUGAAGAGGAGGAUGAGGACGAUAUAUAUGGAAAGAGCAGGCCAGAGCUGCCAGAAGAGGAUCAUGGGAAUGGGGAAACGAUGAUUGUGGGGAGCUUAUCCAGUGUCUCCACGUGGAGUCCAAGGCAAAUCUUCACUGAAAAUGACAACGACAACUCGCACAUUCUCAUCCCUCUGGCCCCCAGUGAGCCCUACACACAACAAGCUGCUAGUUCAGUUGAGAAUGUGGAAUUUCAUGAACAAAAGGAGAGAUCAAGCCCAACGACUGACAGUGAAAAACAAAGCCAACUCCAAUUUAGCAUGGAGCCUGACUUACCAGCCCAGGUUGAACCUGUGGUCAGUGUUCCGCCGACCCCUGGCCUUCCUGAAUCCAUGACAGUUGCUGAACUGCGGCAAGCCAUUGUGGCCAUGAUGAACAGAAAAGAUGAACUCACUGAGCAGAACACGUCUCUGCGCGGUCUCCUGGAUGGGGAGAUGGAGCACUCUGCUGGACUCAGACAGGAGGUGGACGGCUUGAAGAAGAGACUGGCUGAGCUUGAAGAGAGACAUGCAGCCAAAGUCCAAGCUCUCAUGAGAGAGAAUGAAGUUCUGAAGGUCCAGCUAAAGAAGUAUGUUGGAGCUGUCCAAAUGCUGAAAAGGGAAGGCAGCCAAGGCAGUGACGCAUUAACUAUUCAGAGGAAUUGUGAAAGUCCACCUCCAGCCCCCCAAAACCGCUCUAUGGCUGAUAUUGAGGAACUGGCAUCCAACUAUGAGCGGAAACUCAUUGAGGUGGCUGAGAUGCACGGAGAGCUGAUCGAGUUUAAUGAGAGGCUUUACCGCUCACUCAUGGCCAAAGACAACCUGAUCGCCCAGAUGAGACAGGAGCUGAUCGACCUGCGCGGCCCGAUUCCAGGAGACCUGAGCCAGACCUCUGAUGACCCCAGCCUUUCUGACUUUGAGACAACUCAACGUGCUCUCGUCAACGUGUGGAUCCCCUCUGUGUUUCUUCAAGGUCGGGCUGCCAACGCCUAUCAUGUAUAUCAGGUGUACAUUCGAAUCCUUGAUAAUGAGUGGAAUGUGUACCGGCGCUAUGCUGAAUUCCGAACGCUGCACAAUUACCUGCGGCCGCAAUUUCCACAAGUCGACACGUUCAAUUUCCCACCUAAAAAAGCCAUCGGCAACAAGGAUGCCAAGUUUGUGGAGGAGAGGAGAAAGCAGCUGCAGUCGUACCUUCGAAUGGUGAUGAAUAAACUGAUCCAGACACUGCCUGAAUUCACUGCCCAGCCUACAAAGGAAACCUUACUGCAGUUUCUGCCUUUCUGCCAGGACAGCCCAACAGCCAACGAGAGUGGAGCCAAAACUGCCCGAUCCAAAGCCUCCAGCCGCUUCCCCAGACUAGGCCGCAACUCAGCCCGUGAAUCCCGGAACCCCGAGCCCCAAAGCGGCGACCUUUAACUCAAAAAGACCUGUCAGUAUGGAUGUACUGAGCCAAGGACCUUCUGUUAUGGAUGUACUUAACGCCACCGCUGCUGGGAACUACAUUUGGUGAAAAAGUGGUGGAUAUUGGUUUAGUAGCAACAAUUGUGCCUGGUGAUUUCUAAGUGAUAAAAAAGAAGCAAGGAAGUCAUUUUGACUCACUGCAAUGACAUGAAACUUUUUUGAGGCUUGUGCGAUCGUCUGGAUAUAAUUAUUUGCACAUCUUCAUAUGAUUUUUUCUUUUUGUAUGCAUUUUUUGUUACCACGCUCUGCUGUGUAUGAGGCACAACGUUGUAUACAAACAAUCCAUUUUCCUGUCUAAUAAAUUGGCAACUGAUUUGAUAUGAAGGUCUGGUGAUGGUCGGUUACUGGAGUCUCGCCUUUGUCGUCUGUCCCUCAAAACCUUUCAUUGGAAAUUGUCCUGGUCUGCCAUUAUCCUGAAUGACCUGGAGAGUACUGUUACACAGAGACCAGCGUGAGUUGACUUUUAUUGUGUGGACUGAACAGAAGGAAUUUUUUGUAGCGGGGGAAACCUGUUCGCCCAAUUUCAACUACAAGCACAGUGAUGAUUGGGAACCAUUACUAACCUAUAGUAUUUAUGGCUUUUAACAUGUUAUGAUGUAUAUGGGGGAUCGUCAACUGGAUGCUUGAUGUGUUUGAACGAAUAAAUAGUCUAGUAUUUACUUGAAUGUAAUGUAGAGUUGCCAUCAGAAUUUAUCUGUAACACACACAGUAGCAGAUCAAUUGCGUGCUUUUGCAUAUGUGUCUGUUUGCAACUUUUUGUACUAGCAAGCAACUGUAUGUGAUGCUUUUUCUUAAACAGAGUAUCUUUCUGCUCCAAAUGUGGCAGGAAGCAGCUGUUUCUGCAGCCUUAAGAGUGCAAGAGCUUAAUGAAUACAUGAAUAAAUACAAAUACCAACA